AUGCCACCAUUCAGAAAGGAUCCCUCUGUACGCCAGCGUGCCCAACUCUUGCUCGAAUCCCAUUGGCGACCUGAAGCCGUAGCUGCGGAUGCCUGUUCCAGUGUAUCGACGGCGUAUCGAUGGGAGCGGAACCUUGCUAUCUAUGGUGACACCGUGAUCCCUCGUGACAGGUACAUUCAUACACAAGGGCGAUGCCGCAGCCUCUCACCUGCUGCUUUAGACGCUCUUCUUGACUACCAGCGGGAUUUCUGA